UCCGCCCCCCUUCCCUUCCUCGUUCGGCACACAGCAGCGAACGUCGCCUCCCUAAUCCAUCCCUCCCUCCCUCCCUCCACACCUAUCCAAUCAUCCAUCCAUCCAUCCAUCCAUCUUGCUCCAGUCUCCUGCUCCGUGUCUCUCUCCGGGCCGGGCCAAAAGCAUGGCCAAAGCAGCGCUCGCCGCCCGGGCGCGCCUCUGCCUUUUGCUCCUAAGCGUCUCGGCGGUGGUGGCAGCCGCCGCCGCCGUCGCCAUGGUGGAACCGGCGCGCUGUGACCGCGGGCGCGUCGUGGACCAGCGCGGAGGACGCUCCCCAGCAGACGGAGACGAGGACGCGCUCGGUGCCCAGGAGCAGGAGGAGGAGGGCUCCCCCCCCCGCCUCAGGAGAGCGCUGUCCCGGGCUAAAGCAAUGUCCCUGCAAAGCAGCUCGUUCGUGCUGAAAGGCGAUGCGACCCACAACCAGGCGAUGGUCCACUGGACAGGCGAGAACAGCAGCGUCAUUCUCAUCCUGACCAAGUACUACCACGCAGACUCCGCCAAGGUGCUGGAGAGCUCUCUGUGGAGGUCCGCCGACUACGGCGGCACCUACACCAAGCUCAACCUGGUGCCAGGGACCAGCGUGGUGGUGAGCAGCUUCUACAUCUGCCCGAGCAACAAGAAGAAGGUGCUUCUGGUGGGUUCCUCGGUGUACCAACGUGAGCAGAUGCUGUUCAUCAGCGUGGACGAGGGCUCCUCCUUCCAGCGCCGCUCGCUGUCCUUCAGCCCGGAUGUGCUGCUCUUCCACCCCAAGGAGGAGGACAAGCUGCUGGCCUACUGCAAGGAUGGGCGGCUGUUUGCCUCUGCCGACUUGGGCCUUACGUGGACUUUGCUUCAGGAGCGGGUGACCAGAGACAGAGCAUUCUGGGCAGUGCCCGAUGUGGAUGUGGAUCCUGACCUGGUGCACAUGGAGAUGCAGGACACAAGUGGAGGUUACCUGUACGUCACCUGCGUCAUCCGGAACUGCUCGGCGGCGGCGGCGGCCAGCGCUGAGUUCCCGGGUCACAUCGACCGCAACUCUCUGUCUGUGCGGGGCGACUACAUUUUCCUCAAGGUGACGGCGGGGAAUCGGAGCGAGCACUACGUCUCGUAUCGUCGCGCCGACUUUGUCCAGAUGAAGUUUCCCAAGUACGCCUUGGCAAAGGAUGUCCGCAUCGUGAGCACGGACGAGCGGCAGGUCUUCCUGGCCCUGCAGGAGUGGCACCAGACGGACUCGUACAACCUGUACCAGUCGGAGGCGCGCGGCGUCUACUACUCCCUGGUGCUGGAGAACGUGCGCAGCGCCCGGCAGCCGGAGGGCGACGUCCUGGUCGACAUCCUGGAGGUCCGAGGCAUUAAAGGGGUCUUCCUGGCCAAUCAGAGGCUGGACGGCAAGGUGCGGACUCUCAUCACCCACAACAAAGGACGGGAUUGGCAGCCCUUGGCCCCGCCCGCCACCGACAUGCACGGCAAAGCCAUCAGCUGCAAAGCGCCCGAGUGCCAGCUGCACCUGCACCUGCGCUGGGCGGACAACCCCUACGUGUCCGGUACCGUCCAUACCAAAGACUCUGCUCCGGGCCUCGUCAUGGGAGCGGGUAACCUCGGCUCCAAGCUGGUGGAGUACAAGGAAGAAAUGUACAUCACGUCCGACUGCGGCAAGACCUGGCGACAGGUUUUCGAGGAGGAGCACCACAUUUUGUACCUGGACCACGGCGGCGUGAUUGUGGCCAUCAAGGACACCUCCAUUCCGCUCAAGAUACUCAAGUUCAGUACGGAUGAGGGACGCACGUGGACGGUCCACAACUUCACCGCCACCUCCGUCUUCGUGGACGGACUCCUGAGCGAGCCGGGAGACGAGACCUUGGUGAUGACCGUCUUCGGUCACAUCAGCUACAGGUCCGACUGGGAGCUGGUCAAAGUGGACUUCCGGCAGUCUUUCCCUCGCCAGUGCGCAGAGGCCGACUACGAGUCCUGGCAGCUCACAGACCUGCAGGGCGAAAAGUGCAUCAUGGGCCAGGAGCAGACUUUCCGCAGAAGGAAGGACGCCGCCUUCUGCGUCAAAGGGAAAAGCUACACCUCGGCCCUGGGGACCAAAGCCUGCCGCUGCAGCCAACGAGACUACGCCUGCGACUACGGUUUCGAGCCAUCCCACGCGGAAAGCGGACGGUGCUUGGCCGACUUUUGGCACCGUCCCAACUCGCCGCCGGACGACUGCCGCCCGGGGCAAAGCUUCCGGUCCAGCACGGGGUAUCGCAAGGUGCUGGCAAAUGUGUGCCAGGGGGGCCUGAACAGGAGCGGGCGGCAAAGUCACUGCCCUCUGCUGCCCCCCAGAGGACUGCGAGUGGCCGUCAAAGGACAGACGCCGGCCGUGGCCCCGGGCGACGACGUCACGCUCGUCGUCCGCCAGCAGGCGGGCGACACCGGCAGCACCGAGUACCAGGUGGACCUGGGCGACGGCUUCCGGGCCAUCUACCGGAACCUGACGCUGACGGACGAGCCCAUCCGCCACCGCUACGAGAGCCCGGGCGUCUACAAGGUUUCCGUGCUGGCGGAGAACGCAGCGGGUCGCGACCGGGCCAGCGUCUACAUCCAGGUCGCAGCGCCUCUGCAACAAGUGCGCCUGGAAGCCGUCCCCGUGGCCGGGAGGAACCAGCAGAUCAACCUGACGGCCGCCGUCCUUCCCGCCGACGCCAACCUGACCGUCUUCUACUGGUGGAUCGGAGACAGCCUGCAGCCGAGGUUGACUCUGCGCAGCAGCUUGCUGACCAGCUUUCCGAAGGAGGGCCGCGUCUCAGUCAGCGUCCAGGCCACCAACGGGAGGUCAGCGGUGCAGGAUUCAAGGACCGUCCGCGUCUUAGAAAGCUUCCACGUCAUCCCGCUGAGCUUCAGCGCGCACCUGGACCGCUUCAAUCCUGACAUUCCCGAGUGGCGGGAGGACGUGGGCCGGGUGGUCACCGAGACGCUGGUUGAGGCGACAGGCGUUCCGCAGGAGUCGCUGGUGACGGUGGUGAAGGCGGGCCUGCCCACCGCCGCCGACCUGUACGUCCUCCCGACGGAGACCGGCGCGUCGCACCACGAGCGUAUCGCCAGCAUCCAGCGAGCCUUCAAAGACCACAACGUCAGCUUUACGCUGCGAGGAGGUCUCCGGGUUGUGGUGCUGCCGGCCGAGCCGAGCGCAGGUCACGGAGUAGCCGGCGCUCCCGGCGUCUGGGCCCUCGCCGUCGCUCUCCUCAUCGGCGUGGCGGCCACGGCCUCCUUCCUUCUCCACAAGUUCAAGAGGAAGCUUCCGGCCGGCAGCCGCAGCGUCUACGCCCAGAUGCGCGACGAGAAGGAGCAGGAGAUGACCAGUCCCGUCAAUCACAGCGAGGACACGCAGCACAUCAUCCGGGGCGACGAGGACGACGAGGCCGACCCGCUGGGCCGCGCGGGAGCGAGCCCCGCCGUCCGCUCCCUCAUACGGACCACCGCGAACCGUUGCUACUGAACUCGGUCGGCGCCACUCAAACACAAGGCAACCUUCAGCGGUGGCUCCGGAGAAGCGGGAUUUCACUCGGCCUUCCCUUAAGCGCACCCCCAUGCCUCGAAGCCACGGCGGCGACCCGCUUCGACGGACGCUCUCCUCCGAAGGGCGGCGGGCGGGCGGGCGGAAGUUGCCCCCUUCUCACCACGCCCCCCCACGAUCAUUACCCAAUGAAAGUCGGGGGCACCGAGGGAAUUUUUCCGUUUGUUUUUUUCUCUUCCAGACAGCCUAUAUUAGGUGGAGCAUCAGCGUGUACACGGGAACGUCGGCUUUCUUUUUCACUCGGGUGUUUUUCACGCCAACCGUGUUGUUUUGAUGUUGUGCUUUUUUGAAGAAAGAGGAGCAGGCCUUGGAUCUUAAAAAACCAUUGAAGCCGUCAAAACCAGACCAGACCAGGGCUGCUCUGUACCUCCCUUUUCACCUCUUUUUUCUUUUGCACUCAGUAAUAUUUUGAUGUGGGAACAACGUGCUCCCUCCCUCCCUCCCUCCCUCCCUCCCUCCCUCCCUUUUUGAUACAUUUGCAGCAAAUAGCAAUGGGACUAUUUUUGAUACGCUCACCAUAUCCUUUUGGAGACUUUCUGCUCAGAUGUAUCGGGACCCCUGCGGGAUAUCCCACUUUGCACCGAGUGCAGCUGAGGAACGUGCGUCCCGAGAAUGGCUUCACUUUCAUGUUUUUUGUACAUAGCCCGCUCGCCCUUUGGCCGUUCUUUUGCCAUUUGUCACCGACCCAGACGUUCACACGAGCACAGAUGGCACAGCGGUUUUCCCCGCUCGCCAACAUUCCUACGCUCGGAUGGGAUCGCCCUUUUCUUUGUCGGCGGGCGGGCGAGCCGAUCCGAUGGUCCCGGUCGGGGAGCGCGCCGAUCCGAUGGUCCCGGUCGGUCGGGGAGCGCCCCGCCCGGCCGGAAUAAAGGCCUCCGGGCUAACA